AUGGUGAGCAAUGAUUAGUUCACACGGCGCAAACUGGGCGGAACCGGAAGAUGGUGUGAGCCACGGGCUGCCGGGAGCGUGGGGCUCGGCGUCGGUCCCCGGGGGAUGUGGAGAGCUGGUAGCAUGUCGGCCGAGCUGGGAGUCGGGUGCGCAUUGCGGGCGGUGAACGAGCGCGUGCAGCAGGCUGUGGCGCUGCGGCCGCGGGAUCUCCCAGCCAUCCAGCCCCGGCUAGUGGCGGUCAGCAAAACCAAACCUGCAGACAUGGUGAUCGAGGCCUAUGGACAUGGGCAGCGUACUUUUGGCGAGAACUACGUUCAGGAACUGCUAGAAAAAGCAUCAAAUCCUAAAAUUCUGUCUUUGUGUCCUGAGAUCAAAUGGCACUUUAUUGGCCACCUACAGAAACAAAAUGUCAACAAAUUGAUGGCUGUCCCCAAUCUCUUCAUGCUGGAAACAGUGGAUUCUGUGAAGUUGGCAGACAAAGUGAACAGUUCCUGGCAGAAAAAAGGUUCUCCUGAAAGGUUAAAGGUUAUGGUCCAGAUUAACACCAGCGGAGAAGAGAGUAAACAUGGCCUCCCACCUUCAGAGACCAUAGCCAUCGUGGAGCACAUAAACGCCAAGUGUCCUAACCUGGAGUUUGUGGGGCUGAUGACCAUAGGAAGCUUUGGGCAUGAUCUUAGUCAAGGACCAAAUCCAGACUUCCAGCUAUUAUUGUCCCUCCGGGAGGAGCUGUGUAAAAAGCUGAACAUCCCUGCUGACCAGGUUGAGCUGAGCAUGGGCAUGUCCGUGGAUUUCCAGCAUGCGAUUGAAGUAGGAUCUACAAAUGUCCGAAUAGGAAGCAUGAUUUUUGGAGAGCGGGAUUACUCAAAGAAACCCGCCCCGGACAAGUGCGCAGCAGAUGUGAAGGCCCCGCUGGAGGUGGCACAGGAGCACUGAGCCAGGGAAUACUGAGAGUACUAACUGUGCACUAACCUAGAUUUUCAUUUCGAUAUUCCCUGUGUCCCAGCGCAGUCCUGCUCUCCUGUGACCUGUGGAGAGCACUAAUGAUCACAUGUGUUGAUGGAAACCAUCUGUGCUUAGUCUCUGACAUAGGAAGCUUGCUUCAGGCAGUGGCUUUGGAUUGAGUUUGAGAAAUUCAAACAUUUCUGCAGAACACAUACCAAAUCAAUAGCUAGGAAUCGUGUUCAAUAUUGAAUUCUGCCCAGGAGCAUGAACUGAUCCAUGAAUGCCUUUUCCAGGUUAAAAUUUGGUCACUGAUGCCUAUAAUCGUGGAAGUCAGAGGGAUUCCCCUUUUUCAUCUCAUUUUAAUAGGAAAUUCCUUAUGGUUAACAUCUCCCUACAAACUCCUACUACAUCAUCUAAAUUGCUGCUCUGGAAUAAGGUGAUUUCUGCCCCCAGAUUCUUCCCUAGCCGGUAGAUGCGUGAAGAUAUUCCCAACUGUGGAAUGGCAGUAUAGGUAGCUUCAGGAAAUGGCUCGGAUUAAUUCUCAAAACACAAAUUGUUGCUGGCCAGGCAUGGUGACUCAUGCCUGUAAUCCCAGCAGUUUGGGAGACAGAGGCGGAAGGAUCACUUGAGCCUAGGAGUUCAAGACCAGCCUCAGCAACAUCAGGAGUCCCCCCGUCUCUACAAAAAAAUUUAAAAAUUAACUGGGCAUGGUGGCUGAGGUGGAAGAAUCACUUGAGCCCAGGAGUUUGAGGCUGCAGUGAGCUAUGAUUGCAUCACUGUACUCCUGCCUUAAAAAAAAAAAAAAAAAAGUCCCAAUAGUCCAUCAAGGCUUUGAUCUCUUGGGGAGUUCUUCAUAGAUGCCGUCACAUUUCUUAAAGCAACCUUUUAAUAUGCAGAUAAUACCCCCCACCUUUUUUAGAGACAGCCUGUCUCUUAAAAAAAAAAAAAAUUAAUUUGGUAGUGAGAGCUUGUGUCACUGCCACUCUGUGGUAUCCCUGAAAUUAAGGGAUAACAUAAGCAGGACUUGGGCCUUUCUGACAUCAUCCUGAAGAGACAGGACUUUGCGUUUUUCCUCUGGGACCUACAGUGAUGAGAGUUUAAUGAUUAUCUCCUCCACUAUAAUCCUCUUUAGGGUGAUUUUUUUAAAUCAAAACCCAGUGAAUCUCAUUACUCCUAAGAAACGAAAGAGUCCUUCAAAGCCUUUUCAGGCACAUGGUUUCAACAAAGCCUGGCUUUGACGUUCCUUGUCCUGAGAAGCACUUUCCAGGCACAGUUACAGCUUCCCCACUGUAUUUACAAGCCAGAAUUGUGCAACUCUUCUGGAUCAUUAAUAAAGCAGCAAGAUCUUCAAAAAACCCAAAAACACCAUUCUCUAAUAGUCAUGACAAAUGGCUUCAGUAUGGCUUGUUUUUUAUUUUCCAGAUGGCUUUUUCUCUUAUUUUUUGAAGCCCCAGUCUUUGAUUUUACAAGUAACUUUCAAAACAUGAUGCUGCUGCCGAAUGUACUUUUGUAAACUUAAACAUUAUGAUUCCUGUAUUAUUUCAGUGAGAGCUACAGUGUGAUAUUUCAGAGUCUAUUAAAUAAAAAUGUGAGUUUGAAUUAUACCAUCUGUGCCAAUUACAAAGCAAUUAAAAGAUUUAUUUUUUAUGA